AUGAUCAUGGUGCUGAAGAUGCUGACAGCUGCCAGUUGCUUUGUGAAAGCCAUGUUGCAACCUUCUCCUCUCUGCCAUUCUUGGGAGAUUUUAUUUGGCCGUGAGACCUCACCGAGGAGCUUCUCUUUUAAACACGGUAUUCCUCCAUCAGCCAAGUAUGGUGGGCGACACACUGUGACUAUGAUUCCUGGGGAUGGCAUCGGGCCUGAACUUAUGCUGCAUGUUAAGACUGUGUUCAGACAUGCAUGUGUGCCUGUGGACUUCGAGGAGGUGAUAGUUAACUCCACUUCUGGUGAAGAGGACGUUCACAAUGCCAUCAUGGCAGUCCGUCGAAACUGCGUGGCCUUGAAGGGCAACAUCGAAACUGACCACAACCUGCCACCAUCUCACAAAUCCCGCAACAAUAUGUUUCGCACCACGCUGGAUCUCUAUGCCAACGUUAUCCAUUUUAAGAGUCUGCCAGGAGUGGAGACAAGGCACAAGGAUGUUGACAUCUUAGUUGUUCGGGAAAACACAGAGGGUGAAUACAGCAACCUGGAGCAUGAGAGUGUGAAAGGAGUGAUCGAGAGCCUGAAGAUCAUUACCAAGGCCAGGUCUUUGCGCAUUGCUGAAUAUGCCUUCCAAUUGGCCCAGGAGAUGGGACGCAAGAGAGUGACGGUUGUGCACAAGGCCAACAUCAUGCAACUGGGAGAUGGUCUCUUCCUACAGUGUUGCAGAGAGGUGGCCUCCCGCUAUCCUCAGCUCACUUUCGAAGGCAUGAUUGUGGAUAACACCACCAUGCAGUUGGUAUCUCAGCCCCAGCAAUUUGAUGUAAUGGUAAUGCCCAAUCUUUAUGGCAACAUAGUCAACAACAUCUGUACAGGGUUGGUUGGGGGAGCAGGCCUCGUGCCUGGUGCAAACUAUGGCCAUACGUACGCAGUGUUUGAAACAGCCUCAAGGCAAUCAGGCAAGAAUUUAGCCAAUAAGAAUAUGGCCAACCCUACUGCCAUGCUUCUGGCAAGCUGCAUUUUGCUGGAUUACCUCAAGCUCCACUCCUAUGCCACCUCCAUUCGCAAUGCAGUCUUGGCGUCCAUGGAGAACAAAGAUGUCCAUACUCCAGACAUCGGAGGUCAGGGUACCACAUCAGAUAUCAUUCAGAAUAUCACAAAUCACAUCAGUACUGUCAAUUAA